AUUAGACAAUGGUAUCAAAUUGACUUUCCAGAUCCUAGAAGGGCUAUGGCUUGUCGUUUAUACACUUAUCAUGACACUGUAUUGGUAAUUGUAGUUCUUGUACUUUUUGGUGUAGGUUGAUUUUUAACACUAUUUUUAUUUAAUGGCUUAGGUUUUAAAGGAAGUCUAAACCGUACUGUAACUGAAAAUCAAAAGAUGGAGAUUGCUUGAACAGUUGCACCUUUUGUAUUUUUAUGCGGGAUUGGAUAUAUCUCUUUUUUUAAUCUUUAUGAAAUAGAGGUAGGGGAUAAUGUUAAUUACGAAGUUAGUGUGAUUGGUCAUCAGUGGUACUGGGAGUAUAACUAUAUUCUUGAUUUAAAUGAUUAUAUUAAGAGUUCUGAUGAAGUAUAUUUUCUUUUCGUAAAAGAGUUUUGUAAAGAAAAAGGUUUGGCUUUGGAGAAGUAUGGGGAUAUGACUGUUGGCCCCCCAUCUGAAAUAAUGUCUCGUUUAAUAUCUUCUUAUCCUGGAAGGUUUAGAAGGGCUUAUUAUUAUUUUUUAUUAAUAAAUAUUGUAGAAGUACAUGGAAGGUAUUUUAGUAGAGCUUUAAAACAUGCUUAUAAGACUAUGGAAGCCGGGAGUGGUUAUUAUACAAUACAAAAGACUGUAGAAGUAGUUUUAGAGGAUUUUCGUCUAAUCGGUGAUUCAUUAAUAGAAAUAGUUUUUAGUAGGAUUUUUGAAAAAUGGUUAGCUUCUAACUAUAGUGGGGAAACUAAAAUCUCUAAUAGUGUCUCAAGUGUUGCUGGUCCAUGGGAGAUAGGGUUAUGAGAGCUUUUCUUAAAAGGGGAAUGAGUUUUACGAUAUGACUCUUACAUGGUUCCUGAGGAGGAGUUAAAUAGAGGAAAGAGAAAUAUUUAUAAUUAUGGUGGGUUUCGAAAUCAGGAGGUAAGAGACCCAUGUUACUUAUGUUGUGAGGCUAAAAAUGAAAUUUUAGUUUCUACUGCGGAUGUUAUACAUAGAUGAGGUGUAUCGGAGCUAGGUGUAAAAGUGGAUGCUAUUCCUGGUCGAGUUAGGGCUAUUAGAGUUGAGCCAGCAUUACCAGGAAUUUUUUAUGGGUUUUGUUAUGAGUUGUGUGGGCCUGGUCACAGGGAAAUACCAAUUUGUGUAGUGGUUCUUUUAUAUGAGAGGUUAGUUAGAAUAAUGAAAUGGAUAGUUGGUAAUUCAGAAGAACUAAAAGAGCUUUUAAAUAGAAGAGUUAUAUAUUUGCGUGAUAAAGAGACGGGGGAUUGAGGUGGACCGAUUGAUAUCGAUAAAGAUGGGGGUUUGAUGUUUGGAAAAUUAUUUACCUCCGAGUUUCCUGAUGCAAAUGUUUUUAAUAUAAUAACUAUAGGAGUAAAAAGCCCUAGGUUAGUGACAGAGGCAGCUGAAUUAGGAUUUAGUUGUGUAAAGAACCAAAAUUCUUUUUCUGUAAAAAUUAUUGAUGAUGUUCUUUUAUUAAGGGGUAACUCUUUAGAUGAUUUGGGGGGUGAUAAAUUUAUAUUUAAGGUUUUAGAUUUUUUACUUGGCGGUCUAGAUACUAAAAAUACUAAUUAA